UCUCAGCCAAGUAAAGCUGUUAACUAUGUACAAAGUGACCGUUUCUCAUGGUGCUAAAAAACAUCAGAUUUCAAUUCGAGACUCAUGUCCAACCAGUGAAGAUUUGUCAACCAAGAUUGAAGCUGUUACAGGUGUUCCAUUGUCCCGACAGAAACUGAUUCACAAAGGAAAGCAAAUCGCAAUUGGUGGGUUUGGGCUUCCUGCACUGGGUGUAUCAUCAGGCAGCAAAAUCAUGCUUCUUGGCCGCCAGGACAAUCCUCAAAAUGAUGCUUUAAUCCUGAAAAUUAAUAAGGUAAAGACUGAUGCAGAACAAAUUAAAGUUAAAGUGACUGACCUGGAUGGACAAUUACAAGGCAUAAAGAAUGGGUACAUGCCAGAUGACUUAAAAGCUGAAGCUCUCAGUAAGAUUCAUAAACAGUGUAUUGGUUGUGUGGAGCAGUCUAUGAAACAUUUGGAAUUUUUAGACUCUUUGCAAUCGUCAGAUGAAGGUAUCAGAAGCUUGAAGAAGAGCACAGUUUUAUUUAUACAGUCCAUGUUGGAUGAGUGCGACAAAAUGAUGGAGAAACUUUAACGAGUUUGUGGUCUACUACUCUACAAAUAUAUGAAAAUUGGGUUGUUAGUGUAGCUUUGAACAGUCUUAUAACUUUGUUCAGUAUAGGAACACCAAUGCAAGACAAUUAUAUUACAUUUUCAAUCAGUUUCUAAAUCUCUAAUCUCCAACUGAAUCAUCAAUGAUUAAAAAUAUUAUUUCUUAUACUGAUCUAGGAACAGAGUAAACUUAAGUGGGUCAAAUGUAAAUUAGUUUUAUUAAUAAGUAAUAAUAUUUCAAUGGCAGGUGUAGUUAUGCCUAGAGAUUGCGCUACCAUAGAGAGAAAGAGAAAACAUAGUGGUCAAAUGUCAAUAAGAUCAGUACUGUAUAGCUCAGAAAUAUUUUGCAAUUUUUCACUGUGAGAGCUUUAUUUCUUGUUUGUUUUAAGAUUAACUCAA